GCCCGGCCCCUCUGGGCCAGUAAAGCGCGGGCCGGCCCGGAGCGCAGCGGACACCCAGCGAGGAGUGCGCCUAGCCGGCCAUGGGCAAGUCAGCUUCAAAACAGUUCAAUAAUGAGGUCCUGAAAGCGCACAAUGAGUACCGGCAGCAGCACGGUGUCCCUCCGCUAAAGCUCUGCAAGAAGCUCAACCGAGAGGCUCAGCAGUACUCCGAAGCCCUGGCCAGCACAAGGAUCCUCAAACACAGCCCAGAAUCCAGUCGCGGUCAAUGUGGGGAGAACCUGGCAUGGGCAUCCUACGAUCAGACAGGAAAGGAGGUGGCCGACAGAUGGUACAGUGAGAUCAAGAAUUACAAUUUCCAGCAGCCUGGUUUCACCUCGGGCACAGGGCACUUUACGGCCAUGGUGUGGAAGAAUACUAAGAAGAUGGGUGUGGGGAAGGCAUCGGCGAGCGAUGGGUCCUCCUUCGUGGUGGCCAGAUACUUCCCAGCCGGCAAUGUUGUCAACCAGGGCUUCUUCGAGGAAAAUGUCCUGCCCCCCAAGAAAUAACUGCACCCCAAGUGCCGGGAAGGCAGGAGACUUGAGAACAUGAAGUGCCUCGAACCGUAAAACCCAGCUGUGUGUCUGUCCCUGCAGGGGUGUUUGUGUGCACGGGUGAUGCGUUGCCCACAUCCCUGGUACACACCUCCGGACACUCAGUCCUGCACCAGCUCACUCCUACUGCAGCAAUGAGCAGAAAGCGCAUGUACCCUGGUGGCAGGGCUAGACCACAGUUUUCUGGGAUGGAGGAUGGGAGGGGAGGUCAACUUAUAACCCUCUUUGGUGCUCUUGUAAACAAGCUUCUUUCCCCUCCUGUCCAUCCUUGGAAGUUUUGUGCUCCAACUGUUUGUGACACCAAGAAAGGAAAUUCAUGUCAUGUGA